AACACCGCCCAUCUUCAACCACCAUCUAACAGCCAUUUUCUGAACCUCUCUAAAAACAACUCAAACACAAACUAAACUCUUCUUUGAUUUCGAGCUUCAGCUCGAUUCCAUUCUAUCACCAACAAUGGAAGAACCAUCAGGAUCAUCAUCAGAAUACGGUGACAUAUCACCGGUAACCGAGCACAUUCUAUUCGAGAAAUACGAGAUCGGACGUCUACUCGGUUGCGGUGCGUUCGCAAAAGUAUAUCACGCAAGAAACAUACAAACUGGCCAAAGUGUCGCCAUUAAAGUAAUCAGCAAACAGAAAAUUAUCAAGGGCGGGUUGAUGACGAACAUCAAGAGAGAAAUCUCGAUUAUGAGGCAAUUGCAUCAUCCGUACAUCGUCAAAUUAUUCGAAGUGUUGGCAACAAAAGCGAAGAUUUAUUUCGUCAUGGAGUUUGUCAAAGGUGGUGAGCUUUUCGCCAAGGUGGCGAAAUGUAGAUUCAGCGAAGAUUUGAGUCGACGGUAUUUUCAGCAGUUGAUUUCAGCUGUUGGUUAUUGUCAUUCUCAUGGUGUUUUCCACCGUGAUCUGAAACCGGAGAAUUUGUUGCUGGAUGAUAAGGGUGAUUUGAAGGUGUCGGAUUUUGGCCUCAGUGCGGUGACAUCGCAGGUGCAGAAUGAUGGGUUGUUGCAUACAUUAUGUGGAACACCGGCGUAUGUGGCACCGGAGAUUUUAGGGAAAAGGGGUUAUAAUGGGGCGAAGAUUGAUAUCUGGUCAUGUGGUGUUAUAUUGUUCGUGUUGAACUCCGGUUAUCUUCCGUUUAAUGAUCGGAAUUUGAUGGUGAUGUAUCGGAAAAUAUAUAAGGGUGAGUUCCGUGUACCGAAAUGGACUUCGCCGGGUUUGCGCCAUCUUUUUUCACGGCUUUUGGAUACAAAUCCGAUUACUAGAAUUACCGUCGAUGAGAUUAUCCAAGACCCGUGGUUCCGGAAAGGUUAUAAAGAGAUCAAAUUCCAUGAAUAUGAUAAUAAUCUGAUCAAAGAGGUGGAUCAAGAAAACAACGGCGGUUCGAAGUUCUUGAAUGCGUUUGAUAUUAUCUCAUUCUCGUCAGGGUUCGAUUUAUCGGGUUUGUUCAAAGAUUUCGAUAACUCGGUUGCGGUAGAAAGUGAUCGAUUUAUUACUGCCGAGACGCCGGAAAACAUUACAAAAAAGAUCAGUGAAGCCGCGGCGAAAGAAGGUCUAACGAUGAGGAAAAAAGAUUGGAAGUUGAUGUUGGAAGGGCAAAAUGGGAAAUUACUCGUCGGGAUCGAAAUGUAUCAGUUGACGGAAAAGUUAGCCGUGGUGGAAGUACGGUCGUAUGAAGGUGUUUGGAAGAAUAAAAUUCAGCCGGAGCUAAGUUCACUGAUUUACCAACCGGAAGCAAGUGGAUCGGGUAAUACUAAUUGAACCCGAUUACACGAUUUCGGGUAUCUUUAGGUGUUCGUACCCGUAUCCUUCAGGUCGGCAAGUUCCUUGGCGUGUCCGACUUUAUUUGCUGUUGUUGAAAAAAGCAAUUGUAUGUGUGAAUAAAUAUUAAAUAAAAAUAUAGAAAAAAAAUAAUAUAGGGAGAAAUAUUAAGAAAUGAUAAACUGGGUUAUGUUAUAAUUUUUUGCCCAGUUUAUUUAUUUCAAAUUUCUCUACUUAUUUCUCUCCAUUUGAAUUGGCUGGCUUCAACUUUUAAUUUCAUGUGGUUUUUUCCAUUUUGCUUAAA